AUGAAUCUUAUAGCUUGGAAUUGUAGAGGUGCCUUGAAGGCCUCUUUCCAGAACCAUAUAAUGGAUCUUGUCAAUAAUCACAAUCCUGCUAUAGUGAUUAUCAUGGAAACAAAAAUUGGUGGGGAGCGGGCUCGGGAGAUUACUGAAAGGCUCCCGUUUGACGGUGUGAUCACUACAGACACUAUAGGUUAUGCAGGGGGUCUUUGGAUGUUGUGGGAUUCGGAUAGGGUUGAAGUAAUUCAUUUGUCAAGCAUAGAGCAGGAAAUUCAUGCUACUGUCAAGGUACGUAGUUCCAAUUUUUCCUGGUUCCUUUCUGCAAUUUAUGCUAGUCCUAGGCAUGCCAAAAGGCAAGUGUUAUGGAAUAACUUAACUAAGGUUGCAGAACUCCAUAAUUUGCCUUGGGUGUUAGCUGGAGAUUUUAACGAACCUAUUGUUGGAGAGGAUAAGUUUGGGGGUAGGCUUGUUAGUGUGAAUAGAUCCUUGAUGCUAAAAGAGUGCCUUGACAAAUGCAGUAUGAUUGAUUUAGGAUUUACUGGGCCUUGUUUCACUUGGACAAAUUGGAGGGAAGUGCAGGGUUUAAUCCAAGAGAGAAUAGAUAGGUUCUUUGUUAAUCCAAGUUGGUGCCUCCUAUACCCAGAGGCGAGGGUAUCCCAUUUAACAAGGUGCCAUUCGGACCACUGUCCAGUGCUCCUUGAGCUGCAACCCACAGGCUGGAAUUACCGGGUUAGGCCUUUCAAAUUCCAGCGGUUCUGGCUGUCUGAUGUUACUUUCCCUGAGGUGGUGGAGAAUGCUUGGAGUCAGAAUACAGGACUUACUGAAGCUAUUGAUAUUUUCCAACGCGAAGCUACGGUCUGGAAUAAAUCUCAUUUUGGGAAUAUAUUUGCUAGGAAGAGAAAGAUUAUGGCAAGGUUAAAUGGUAUUCAGCGAGUUUAG